AUGGAUAGUUCUGAUAAUGCUGAUGAUCUAGGAGGUAAAGAUCAUGCUGAAAACGUAGUACUACAUCUUAUGUCCGAAAAAUUGAAUAAUGGUCAUUCAAUCUACAUGGACAAUUUUUAUAAUAGCAUUGAUUUAGCUGAACAAUUAUUACAAAAAAAGAUAUACUGUACAGGCACAUUAAGAUCUAACCGAAAACAUAUUCCUGAGGCCGUAGUGAAAUCGAAAUUAAAACCUGGAGAAACAAAAGCGAUGUACUCUAAUGGCGUAUUGGGUCAGGAAAAACUAAAACCAGAGCCGAUAGCAAAUUAUAAUAAAUUUAUGAGUGGUAUUGAUCGGCAAGAUCAAAUGAACAGUUACUAUCCAUUUUUACGAAAAACCAUUCGUUGGUACAAGAAUAUAGGAAUACAUGUGAUCCAAAUGCUAUUAUUAAACUCUUAUAAUUUGUACAAUCAAUCACAAGUCGGAUCUAAGAUGACACUCUAUGAUUUUCGUUUGUCUAUUCUAAGUGAACUUUUAUCAGCGUUUUCAAAACCGAGACUAGAUGCUAAAAGAAAACACAUUCCAAAAACACAUGAAAUAGGAAAAAAUGGAAGGGCACUUCGUAAAAGAUGUUGUGUUUGCGCAGAAGAGAAAAUACAGAAAGAUACUUCAUAUUUUUGUCCAACUUGUCCAAAUCAACCAA